AUGGUUCAAUUAAGGUCUACGUCUAGACCAUCAUCUUCAGACUCGAAUAAGCCAUCCAGAAGCGUAGUGGCAAGGAAGCAAGGAACAAGAAAGAGGCGUAAUCAUUUUGAUAGUUCAAAUGAAGUUGACACAUAUGGAUUGGUCGGUGGCGAAGCUAGUUCUGGUCGUCCAUUUCAGAUUAUAGAGAGAUUACCAUGUUCCAUUGAACCUCCAAAAUAUAGUGUCUUUACUCAAGCUUUAUCAGUGCGCGAUUCUGCUGUGUUAUACAGUUCUCUGCUGGCGUCGAGAAGGACUUGGAUUAAAGCAGAAAUGUUUGAACUAUAUUGGUCAAAACAAUAUAUGAAUGCGAAGGAUAAAGAAAAAAUGCUACAAGAUGGAAUUGAUCCAGAUGAAAUUGAUCAGUCAGCUGCAAGAGAAAAGAUGCAUAAAUUGAGUGACGCAGUUAUGACGGGUGGUCCUCACACUCUUCCUAUAAGAAUGUUCAUUCUGAAAAACGACGAAGUCGAAUCCAAAUGGCAAGAUAUGCAGGAGUCAAGAAAGAGGAACAAGGAACUUAAAAGACAGCGCGAAGCAGAGGAGAAAGAACGCCGUCGUGAGGCCCGUAAAAAGCAGCAGAUGCUUAAGAAAGAGGAAAAGUUAAAGAAAUCAGAAGAUGCUAAGAGAGAGAAGGAAAGGAGGAAGAAGUUACUACAAGAAGAACAGGAUAAGCUUAAGAAAGACCCCAGAAUCGUUACAUCUUCUACAAUGAUACCAAGAACACCUAUGAAUUCGAAAAAAUUGGGAACCUCUCUUAGUAAGGCCCAACAACAGGCAUUUGAAAAUCAAAAAAUGAUAGCAAAUUUAAAUAUGAUGGCACAGCAGGAUAGAGCUCUGAAUAAGUUAAUGAUAGAGGUUGCGAAUGGAGAAGCACCUCCUGCAGAUGUUAAACGAUUUAAGACUUACAUCGAAAAAGCGAGAAAUAUGGACCCCCCUCCAAAUUGGAGGCCAAGACUGAUCCAGAAGAACAUGACUAAAAAAACCACCCAAAAGGGUCCAGAAACUACCAGUAUUGGAUCCGGAAGUGGGGAACUACCUAAGAACUCCAUCAUACAUGAUGAUUCCGAGAACCAUUUAAUGUCGUCUCAAUCAUCUCUUUCAGUUGCAACUACAGAAUCCAAUACACCACUUCAUACAUCUUCGCCAGGGGCAGAGAAUCUAGCGUUGGGGAGUGAUAGUGUGACCAGCAUAUGCAAAUACAAUGCAGUUGAAAAAGGGAACAAAAGUAGUAAUUCUACCAUAUUUUCAGAUUCAAGCAACAGUACGCAAUUACAUGAUACAAAGGAUUCGCAACCAGACGAUACGUUCCCAACACAAAGUAUACCGAAGAGUGAUGAAAAUUCAUCCAUUAAUAAUAUGGAGAAAUCUCGGGAUUUAGAAAGUAGCAACGAUACCAGUCACACAAUACCUAGCUCCUCUGGUGAAGUAAAAACUGAAAAUGCAUUAGAGAUAUCAGCUGUGAGUAGUCGUUCAUAUGAUAAUUCUGAUGCAUUAUUAAAAUCAACUCCAGGAAGCAGGAGUUUGACUAAUAUUAUAGACAAAGAUGGAUUGCUGUUGAAUGUUAAUCAGGAUACUACCGGUGUAAAACCCAAGAGGAAGUAUACCAAAAGGAAAAAGGAGUCUGUAGAAGAAGAAGAUAAAUCAAUGCAGCUCACUACGUUUCAGCAAAAAUAUUUGGAGGGUGCCGAUAUCCUUUUUGAGUACCUAGAAAACCCUAAUAUGAGAUUUUUGUUUCCGAAGGACGCUAUAUUGGAGCCAUUAGAAGAUGGUGAAAGUUAUUUAAUGUCCUGGAUAGUAAUCCAUAAUGCUAAGGAGAUAGAGCAAUUUAAGAGCAGAAGAUUAAAGGAAAUGAACAAAUAUAAGAAAAAGCGUCCUGCAGAUGAAGAGACAAAGGAUGAUGCAAUAGCGGAUUUCAAUGUAUAUCUCGAUCCGAGAUGCCCGCAACCAUUGUACACUCCAAUGACUGUUACUCUAUCUAAUAUACAUAAGAAGUUUACUCCUAUCAUGAUGAACAGUGUUAAUAAAGCAGAGGACGUAAGGACGUUUAUGAAAACUAUUUUAGACUGUGGCCAAAGAUUAUCCGGAUAUAACAUAUGGUUUCAGUUAGAUGCUUGCGACGACAAGGAUUUAGCGGAGUCUUUGCGAGCAGAGCUAAACGAUUACGAACAGGGCUUCAAGUCCAAAAGGCAUAGGAAACAGAUUUAA